UUUCCAAAACUGAAUAUGCACCCUCUUUCAACCGCAGACUUAGAAUAACGUAUGUAUUUAGUCCCAAUUGUAUUAUGUUUGAAAGAUAAGCAAGCAAAGAGUAAAUUGUACCAUGAAUUUAAAUCCCUUGUAAACGCCAAUUUUUGAUUUUAUCUACAUAAAGAAAGGUUUCUAAUUUACGGCAAAUGCUCCUUUAAUUGAAGAUCCCGUGCUGUAGUGUCAAUGCAAAGCUAAGCUCAACACCUCAAAUGGGAUAGAUUUUAAAAGAUGGAAUAGAAGUUCUUUGAGGGUUGAUAUUAAUUUCUAAACAAUAUACGAGUAUGAUGGACGAUGACAAAACAAUAUGAUCCUCUUCAGAGGAGGGAGCAGAGCAUUUUUCGAAAUUUGCUUCUUCCAAUUUCGCGAACUUGUGAUUGUGUUCUUCAUCCUUCUGUGGUUCAUGGUUCAUUCUAUCACCGGAGUUAAUGACGAAGGAUUUGCUGAAGGAUGUCAAAAAUCCUGGAAUCUAUCUGUUGUUCUCAUCUCAUGGCAACCUCCAGCUGUUUGUGUUCGUUGGCAUUUUAACCCGAAAAAUAUAACCAUUGCCAGAUUCGAAGUAACUUACCGUCCACUUAAUGCUUGGUAUCGAGUGGUGCAUGAUAUUCCUGGAGAUGAGAAGUCAGUGAUAUUGGAGCAAUUACAACCUGGUGCUGAAUACCAACUACAUGUCGUGGCCUUUGAUCUUUCUGGAAACCCUACAAACAUUAGUAACAAAUUGCUCUUCAUUUCUCCCGAUGUUAUGCAAAAAGAUAACUGGAGUCAGAAGACAAUCUUGGAUGAUGAGGUUACCACUCCAUUUAGAGUGCGAGAGGAAGAGGUCGUCAUAGUGGUGCUUGUCCUGUCUGUUUGGGUUUUCGUCAUGGUGCUUUUCUUCAAGAAAUGGGGAAAGAUUCGUAUGUUGGAAUCUUAUCAGCCGCAAUACCAUGCUCAGAGUGUUAUCGCAAAACCAAGUCGUCAGCCGCUCAACGAUGUCUUGGCACCGCUAGAACGAUUCAACUUAGAAUUCGGUGCUACAUCUACGCCUUAUCACACAAACAGGAUGCGCUCUAGACAGAAUUCUGUUUUCGUGGGUAGUCCUUAUAGAAGUAGGAGCGGUUCCGUGAUGUCAGAACCCAGAACCCCACGAAAAGUGAAAAGUGCCGAGGACAUAAAGUCGCUGUCGAUUCAGAUAGAAGGCCUCCAACAAACUACUCCUCUUUAAAAAAAGGGACUCCUUUGCCUUACGUUCUAAAAUAUUUUUUUUUCUCAUCGAAAUCAAAAGUAGAAUUCUGUAUUAGGAAUAUAGAAGUUGUAGCUCCUCUAUACUUUAGGAACUUCAUAUUCCACGAAAAGUGAAACGUGGUGAUGGCAUCAAUUUAGUGACUAUUCCAGUAGGGCAUGACUGCCAACUACUACGCUUUUUGCAAAAUGUUCUAUAGAAUGAUAGAUAUUUCAAAACCAAAACUUUUGGUAAUUUUACUAACAUUUUUAAAUUCUCACCACGACAGAUCUGGAACAAAGUGCAGCGAUGCCAACUGCUCCGGACACGCCAUAAUAAUUUAAGAAACGGUAAACAACUACAUACUAAAAUUUG